AUGAAUUUAAGUACGGUAGUUUUGGAUAAUGGAGCAUGCUACGCUAAAAUAGGGUUAAGUACACAAAAUGAACCCAAAGUCAUUCCUAAUUGUAUUAUGAAAGCCAAAAGUGAAAGAAGGCGUCCAUUUGUUGGUGAUCAAAUUGAAGACUGCAGAGAUGCAUCUGGUUUAUUUUACAUUUUACCUUUUCAAAAAGGUUAUUUAGUUAAUUGGGAUGUUCAAAAAAAUGUAUGGGAUUACAUGUUUAGUAAAGAAUGUUGCGAUUAUAAUUUAUCUGAAAUGAAUGUUAUCGUGACUGAACCAUUUUUUAAUUUUCCCUCCAUUCAAGAGGCCAUGACUGAAAUUUUCUUCGAAGAAUUCGCUUGUGCAGGACUUUUAAGAAUAAACAGUGCGAGUUUAAGUAAUUUUCAUUACAGUAUAAAUAAUCCGGAAAGUUUGUGUUGUUUAGUUGUCGAUUCUGGGUAUAGUUUCACACACAUUGCACCUUACAUAAAGAAUAAAAAAUUAACUAGUGCAAUUAGGAGAAUCGAUGUCGGUGGAAAACUUUUAACCAAUCAUUUAAAAGAUAUCAUAUCGUACAGGCAACUUCAUGUAAUGGAUGAAACCUAUGUAAUUAAUCAAGUUAAAGAAGAUUCAUGUUUUGUAUCACAGUCGUUUAUGAAAGAUAUGGAAUUAGCUAGGAAAAAAGGGCAGGAAAAUAAAAUAAUGAGAGAAUAUGUUUUACCCGAUUAUACUACAAUCAGAAGAGGAUACCUUUGUCAGCCAGGAGAAAAAGGAGAAGAUCAUCAAUGUUUAAGGUUAAAUAAUGAAAGAUUUUCAGUACCUGAAACAUUAUUUCAUCCCAGCGAUAUAGGAAUUAAUCAAAUGGGAAUUCCAGAAGCAAUACUAAACAGUAUUCUAUCGUGUCCGGAAGAAACUUGGCCUCAUUUAUUUUCAAAUAUUAUUUUAACCGGAGGAUCCACGCUUUUUCCAGGUUUUAAAGAAAGAGUAGAAAAUGAAAUACGAUGUUUGACUCCAGAUCAUUUCGACGUUAAAGUAACAUUGCCUGAAAACCCGAUACAAUAUUGUUGGAGGGGUGGAGCAAUGUUAGCAAAUUCAGAAAAUUUUAAUGAUAUGUUAGUGAGCAGAAAAGAAUACGAGGAAAAGGGUUACGUCAUAGUCGACGAAAAAUUCGACGUGUAA